GACAACGGCUAAAUAAUAUUCGGAUUGGUUAAAUUUCGAACUUACAAAUUGCCCUGUUAAUGUUUUAAGUGUCGGGGGGUAUAGUCAUCUCAGACUUACCCAAAAUCCCGUUGCUACCAUUUACAUAAUCGUGGAUCCCGCAUUUAGCAAUGAACACGGACGUGGAAUUUCACAUCAGACAAAAUUACCCCUGGAACAAGCUACCAGCCAAUGUGAAACAGAGUCUUGGAAAUUCGCAGCGUGAAUAUGAGAAGCAAGUACUGCUGUACAGUAUUCGAAACCAGUUACGGUUCCGCAAUAACUUAGUCAGGCAGGUUAAAAAGGAUGAGCGGAAGUAUUAUGAGGAGUUGCUCAAGUACAGUCGGGAACACCUCAUGCUGUACCCUUACCACCUGUCUGACAUCAUGGUCAAAGGCCUUCGUGUGACCCCUUUCAACUACUACAUUGGCAUCAUGGAAGAUAUCAUGAACUCUGAGAAGAGUUAUGACUCCCUGCCCAACUUCACAGCCGCAGAUUGUCUGAGGCUUCUUGGCAUUGGGAGGAACCAGUAUAUUGACCUGAUGAACCAGUGCAGGUCAUCUAAAAAAUUCUUCCGAAGGAAAACUGCCAGGGAUCUUCUGCCGGCAAAGCCAGUGGAGAUCACAGUGGAACCGUGGUGGGUAGCUCAGACUGGCUACAUCACAGAGGAUGAUAUCAGGAUCUGUUCUGCGACAGAGAAAAAGGCCAUUGAUAAGAUGAUAGAUUCUGGACCACAAUUGGCCGGAUCGAUGGAGUACAAUGUGGUUCUGAGCUUAUACAAUAAGGGGUACAUAUACCUUGAUGUCCCCAUAUCUGAUGACAGCUGCAUAUCAGUGCCACCACUAGAAGGCUUUGUCAUGAACAGGGUCCAGGGAGAUUAUUUCGAAACGCUUCUCUACAAAAUCUUCGUGUCCAUAGAUGAGCAAACUAAUGUGUCUGAGCUAGCCAACGUGCUGCAAAUCGACUUGGGUCUGGUAAAGAAUGCCGUGUCCAUGUACUGUCGCCUGGGUUUUGCCCUGAAGAAAGGUCAGGUCAUCAACCCUGACCAGCUGCACCCCAGUUGGAAGAGUGCACCCUCUGUCAACAGACUUAAGAGCACCAUGGAUCCUCAGAAGAUGCUGCUGUCCUGGGAAGGAGGCAGUCCGGUCAUGGAAGCAGGAUCUUCAGCAACUGACACAGAUACCACUAGUCUAGAGGACCAAGUUAUAAUUCCUUCCUCCCCCAUAGAUACAGCCAGUGUGAGUAGUCUAAGCAUUCCUGCUGGACCAACCAAGAGAAUUGCCUUCUUGUUUGACUCCACUCUCACUGCCUUUCUCAUGAUGGGCAACCUUUCUCCUAACCUGAAGAGUCAUGCAGUCACCAUGUUUGAGGUGGGAAAACUGUCUGACGAGACCCUGGACAGUUUUCUGAUGGAGCUGGAGAAGGUUGAGAGCACAGCCGAGGGGGAAGCUCAGAGGUAUUUCGACCAUGCCCUAACCCUCAGGAACACUAUACUCUUUCUACGCUAUAACAAGGAGCUCACCUCAGACCAAGGUCCAGACAUACCCAACAUUGGCCUGCCUCUGGACUUGCUCCGCUGUGAAAGUCUUCUGGGAUUGGACCCAGCCACCUGCAGCCGUGUGCUGAACAAGAACUACAAACUGCUGGUUUCCAUGGCACCGCUCAGCAAUGAGAUCCGGCCAAUCAGCAGUUGCACGCCUCAGCACAUUGGGCCAGCCAUCCCAGAAGUCAGCUCCAUCUGGUUUAAGCUCUACCUGUAUCAUGUGACUGGCCAGGGCCCACCAUCCCUGCUGCUGUCCAAGGGCUCCAGGCUGCGGAAGCUUCCAGACAUCUUCCAGGCUUACGACCGGCUGUUGAUUACCUCCUGGGGUCACGAUCCCGGUGUUGUGCCGACAUCCAACGUGCUCACGAUGCUAAACGAUGCACUGACACACUCUGCUGUGCUCAUUCAGGGUCAUGGCAUGCAUGGGAACGGUGAGACGGUUCACAUCCCUUUCCCUUUCGACGAGGAAGAUCUCAAAGGAGAGUUCUCCUACUCCAACAUGUGUGUACACAAAGCCCUGACGGUCCUGCGAGAGAAGGUGGAUCUGAAACACCAGUGUGGCUACAUCACCAUGCUCAACCACAACAACCGGCAUCGACGGAGGUUCAGCGACACAGAUGACGGCAGGGGAGACACUGAACUUGGUGGUGGUUUCGAUGCCAAUGGAAGCAAUGAGUCUUUCGAACUGGUUACUGAGGAUAACAAUGGAGAUGGGAACAAGAAGCAAGGAACAGAGGUGUUGAGUGAGGACGAGUGGGUUCCGCUGGAGUUGUGUUUUGGGAUGCCACUUUUCAGCUCAGAGCUCAACCGCAAAGUUUGUCAAAAAAUCGCCUCCCACAGACUCUGCAGCCAAAACAGCCUUCAAGAACUACUGCAUUCGAGCAGAAAACUUUCUCUGAAAGUGUUGAGUUUCGUUCAGUCAUUCCAGGACGGUAACCAGACCAUUGACCCUGACAGUGGCGUCUCUAGCCCCCUGAGCCAGCCUCCGGCAGAGUCCGGCGUGCCCCUCCCAGCCCGCAAUCUCCUCUUUAAGGACGGCCAGCUAAAGGAGUGGAGUGGCCGAACUCCGCCCUCCCUUCUCAUCAACGCCCCGCAGAAAGACUAGUCCAUGUUUGGCCAUGUCUUCAAUAUCUUAACCAUCUCUCAACACUACCCUCUCGCCCAUAAAACCUACCCACACCUUAAAACCCAGAGCCCUUCCGAUAGCUAGUUUCAUGAAGUUCCGCCUCCGUCAGGCCUCUAAGUGGUGCUGCUGCUGCUCUUGCCCAGUUGAAAUUUGGACGCAUUCAGAGAACAACAGUUCAGAGUAACAGAAGAUUGCAGUCCUAUUUCUCUGUCCCCCUGUCAUGCAUUGUCAGAUAUCACCUGAAUCAACGAUGAGGUUAUUCAUUAAAUGUACAAAAAAAAUAUAUAUAUAUUUACAUAUAACAAUUAUAAUCACCGGUUGUGUCUAUACAAGGACUCUGCUUGGAAAACAUAGGACUAAGUCCUAUGGUUGAAAGUCACCCAGGUGUUCUGUAUAUAGACCUUCCUUAGCCCUCUUGUAUUGUUAAAAUGUGUGGCCCGAUGCAUGAUG